AUGGACCCCCGGGUGUGCGGCAGCCAGGGGAAGCCCAACCUGUCCUUUUCCAUUGAGGAAAUCUUAAAGAAACCUUCUGCCAGCACCAACCUACGCAAUGAAAACAGGAAAAGUGUCUGUGCUGAGAGACCUCUAGCCCUAAAAUCAGGGUCACCACUGGCCUGUGGUUCCAGCAGCAGGAGUCAACUAGACUGUGUCUUACCUUCAGCCAAAAUCCUUCUCCCUGCCAUGUGUGCUACACCUAUGGCCAGGACAAAGAAAGUUCAGGCAGCUCACUACAGGAGACCUGCUGGCAACCCAGCUUCCCUCCUGGGUGAGGACACAGGACAUGAACACCUGGAAGACAAAAGAAAAUAUGAGGAAGAGGAGGAUCAGCUAUGCGAUUUCCCAGUGGGUCAUCCGCUUCAUGUUGAGAGGAAAGGGAAACGGAGAAUCCGGACAACAUUCACAGCUGAGCAGCUCCAGGAACUAGAGAAGAUUUUCCAAGUGACUCACUACCCGGAUGUCCAUAUUCGCAAUCAACUGGCAGCAAAGAUAAACCUCCCAGAAGCCAGAGUUCAGAUCUGGUUCCAGAACCAGCGAGCAAAGUGGAGGAAACAUGAAAAAUUUGGCAAUUUUGGUGGCCUUCAGCAUCUGACAGAAGUUGAUUUUAUUCCUGCUCCCAAGUCAGAUAUUACAGCUCCUAGCUUGAUGCCAAGAAAGCUUGCGGCUGCCAUGCCUGCCACGGGAUACUACUCACCACUGCAGGGGCAGAUGACAGCUGCCUGGCUGCCCAGCAUGCUGUCCUUCAUCCCCCAUCACCUGGAGGUGCUGCCCUUCCCAAAACCCUACUUGCUCUUCAACGUCCGUCCCGCUUAUUGCACGCCACUGUCCCACAAGUUGGAAAGGAGCAAUAUCUGCGCCAGCUCCACAUAG